AUGACGCCGCCCGGCACCAUGGCGCCAGUGGAGACAAAAUCAGCACCGGCUUCUCCUCAGCAUCACCACCAGCACCAUCAUCAUCUACAGCAACCGAUGAUGCCCAUCCCCGUCGGCAAGAAGGAGGGUCUCGGCUACGCUUCCGGGCUGCUGAAUCCUAUCUCAUCAUGCUUCAGCUUCAUCUUGCCCGGAAUAUUUAGGAGGCCGCAGACCGAUUCUAUCGCCUCCUACACCGGCGACGAUUGGGAGAUCCCGUUCGAAUCUAUCACCAACUUGGAGUGGCUGGGCGCCGGAUCACAGGGCGCCGUCUUCACCGGCAAACUGAACGCUCAAGUGGUGGCGGUCAAGAAGGUAAAAGAACUUCGGGAUACCGAGACGUCCCACCUCCGCCAUCUCGCCCACCGGAACAUUGUCAAGUUCAUGGGGGUGUGCACACAGGCGCCGUGUUUCUGCUUGGUGAUGGAGUUCUGCUCGAACGGGCAGUUGAACGAGCUGCUGAGCGGGGGUCAGCCGAUUCCGCAUCAAAGAUGGGUGGAUAUGGCACGACAGGUAGCCGCCGUUGGGUCUGGGAAGUUGGCGCUGCCCAUGCCGACAAUGUUGCCUGAUGGGUUGAGGAUGUUGAUACAGCAGUGCUGGUCGCAGAAGCCGAGGAAUCGGCCGUCAUUCCAGGGCGUCCUCCAACACCUCGACAUCCUCGGCAACGAGCUGGCCGGAUGGGGAGAAGCCAAGUGCAACCGGAUGUACCAGAAGCUGACCACGCUGCUCGAGGAGCUGGACGUCAGGGAGAAGGAACUCCUCGGCCGAGAGCGAGAUCUCGCCAUCCGGGAGGGACGGCACUAUAGAGGUGGCUCAUUUUCGGGCCCGCUGAACCACCGUGGGGCCGUCGUCGUGCGCGCAGGGCCGAGAAGUCAUCGUGGGGAGGCGACCGCAGACGUCUUCUCCACGCACGUUGCCCAUCCCUCACUUUACGGUGCUGACGAUGGGAUGUCGUCGAGCAGUGGGGAGGAGCAGUUGGUCCGGCCACCCCUCAUUCUCACGCCAAUCCUCCCUCCGAUCGUCCCAAGGUCUCCGCCCAACUCGCCCAUCCCCGCUACGCCCGCACAACGCUUCAAUGUCACG